AUGCAACAUCUUCAAAAUAAAAAGCACCAAGUUUUUUUUACAGAAAGUAAAAGGUUUAAGCGAGGGAUUUUGAAUACAAUAAAUAGACGGCAUACAAUAUGCUGCCUCUAAAGUGAUUUAUAUCACUAGAUCUAAACCAAUUUGAACUUUGAAUUAUUUCAUAAAAGAAGUUAUUCAAGUUCUCAUUCAACAUACGAUCAAGAUUCCAAUUUGAAAGAGGAUGUCUCUAAAUCUUCAAAAGAUGACCAAAAUAACUAAUUUUAAAAAAAUUAAGAGAAUCGUUCUCAAAGUGAGAGCUAAUCAAUCCAUUCAUCCAAAAAAUCUAACCAAAAAAAAAAUGAUGAUGACAUAAACAAUAUUUACUAAAUUCGAUAAAAUGAAGUGGAUUUUUAAUAAUUUAAAUAAGAUUUUUAGUUGGAUGUCCUUUAAUUGGAAGCCUUGUACUAUUACCUUUCAAGAGCUGGCUUCCAACGCUCUGCACCUUUGUAGAUUCCCCCGUACCUUAGUUAUUAUUUUUAUUCUCUAAUUUUAUAUAGAAGUGAUAUAUUUAAGAUUUUAGCUCAGUAUAUCGAUAUGAAAAGUCGAGAUCAAUAAAGAUAGUAAUUAAUGGAAUUGUAAGGGAGAUAUUUCUCAGAAAAACUCAAUAAUUAAUGCCUGUCAUAAAUUGAGUUUUAUAAUUACUUAAUUAAAGAUUAACUUAAUGAAACCAUGGUUUUUGAUCUUCUAGCUCAAAUAAUUUAUAAAUUAAAUUUUGAUUAUAAUUUGCUUCUUGAUGAUUUUUUGAAAUACUUUUUAUUAUCAACUCUAUAAGUUUAGAAAAUAAAAGAAUCUUUAGGAGAUACAAAUAUUUAUAUGAAAAACAAUAUAGCUUUAGGAAAUAUUAGAUUCGUCUUUAAAAAAAAGGGUGGAGAAUUAAUUAAUUUUAAAUUCCCUAUAGGAAAUUUUUCAAAUAUUCAAUUUUAUGAUUAUGUCUAGUUUUUGAAAGAUUUUGCCAAAUAAUUACCUAUAACUAAAUCAAUUCAGUCUUUUAAUGAAUUUCUUAUUGAACCCCAUAGCGAAAGGACAAUGAUAUUAUAUCUUUUGGUAGACUUUGAAUUAAAGAAAACAAUAUUGAGAGAAUUAAAUGAAAGUUUAAACGAUUUAAAAAAUACAAAUUAAAUUCAAAAUCUAAUCCGAAUUUACUUGGAAAUAACUACUGAGAACAGAAUUUGCAGCUAAUGUGUAAGUGUGUUCUAGCAUAUUCCAGUGGAGUUUAUAUGCUAGACAUUUCAGGAAUGUUGUGGGUUGAGAGUGGAUUAAAAAUUUUAAUUUAUUAUUAUUUCAUAAUAUUUAUUAGAUCCUUAAAAACUCAAAAAAUAAAAAAUCAUUCAAAGAAUUUGGAGGAGAGAAGAAAAAAUGAAAAUAAAUAAUACCUAAACAAUAAAUGUUUAAAAACAAGCAGAUUAAACAGAUAGUGUAGUAAUGGUAGAAGGUGGUUUCUAAGAGUAUUUUUAAGAGGACAUAAAAUGUAAUCUAUCAAUAUAAAAAGUUAAUGUCUCAUAAUAAUAACUUAAUGAAUAAAUUAAUUAAUUUGAUCCUGAAUUUUUUGAAAUUUAAACUAAUUCCAAAUAAGAUAAGGAAAAACAAGAACAAUAAGAUGAUACAGAAAUAUAAGAGUAUUUAAUUUGUUAUGAAGAACAAGAACCCCCUGGAUUAGUUUCUGUUUUAUUAUUAAAUUAUAGAUAUUGUUAAGGAGCUAGUGAAAAAUUCAAGAGAAGAAUAGAUCAAAUAUAAUUAGACAACACUUUUUUUUUGAGCAAUGAAUCAAAAUCAAAAACAAAAUCUGGAAGUUCAGAAAAUUCAAAAUCAUCAAAAUAGUCCAACAGAUUAUAUGAUGGGUUGAUUUCUUACAAUAACGAAUUGUUAAACCAUCUACAAUAAUCAUAAAGCAACAACAAUAAGACUUUUAGAUAUAGUAACAAUAACAUAAUAAAGAGAAAAGAUUAAAUAAAUAUGAUGAUAUAAUGCUAGAAAUCAGAUCUGAGUUUUAUGCUCUAUUGAUAAAAAAACUUACAUGUGACUUUAAAUAGUUGAAUACUAUGAAGUUCAGGUUAGACGAAUUUUUUUAUAUUUAUUGGUAAAUAGGACAUUUGUCAGGACACAGAAAAGAUAGUCAUAAAGCUUUAAUAAAAAUAUUUAAAUAAAAAUUAAUGCUUCAUAGUAUUUUGGAAUCUGGAUAUUUUAACAUGAAAUUAUUUUUAAAGGAUUACUUAUUCAUUUAGGAUCUCAUCACCCCUUAAAUUUUAGAGGAAAUAAGUGGAAAAAAUGAAGGGUCUAAAAUUCUAAUUGAUUUUUAUUAAAUCAAAUUUUAUGGAUAAGAAGAAGGGGGAGAGUUUCAAAAAAUUGUUUAUAUAAAUAAUGCUUAGAAUUGUAGCUCAUUAUUGUAAAUAAUUAAUGAGCAAAUUCCAAAAAUAAUCAAAAAGUUUAAAAAAAUUCAAAUAAUUAUUUUGUCAAUAUGUAAGUUCAACAAAAAAUGCAAAGAAGCAAUAAAUAAUCAAGUUCUAAAUUUAUAGCUUCCCAAUCUUGAACUAAAAUAUAUUUCUAUUUUAUAAAAGCCAAAAAAUUAAGGCUUAGAAUAGAAACAAGAGUCAUCCUAAAUAUCAGAGUGUGAAUGGAAACUGUUAGAUGUAGACUUUUUAACACAAAGAUAUGCUUUGUUAAAUGAAGGAUUAUACUCACCUUUUAAGGAGCUGUGUGUGAAUGCUGAUCAGGAGUUGAUGAGUUUUUAUUGUUAAGUAAAUUAAUUUAUUAUUUUAGGUCCAUCCCUAGAAAAAAGAUAAUCUGUGA